AUGAAGUUCUCCACAGUCACUCUCUUGUCAUCUGCAAUAGCAAGCACAUCAGCAUUUGGUCGGUUACAAACUUCGACAGAUCUAUCACUACCACUCGCUCUAUCAGUUUCAAUCUUCCACACCUCUUUGACAUCGGCUUAUGCUCUGCCGAACGUUGCCCGUUCAGAUGAAGUCGACGUGGUGAAGAGGCAUGGUCGUGGCAGUGGCAGUGCUGAAGCCGGCGAUGAGGACGCAGCUGAGGGUGCAGGUCCAAGACAAGCUGGCCAACGACAACGAAAUGGUGGCGGCAGAAAUAGAGGUGGUGGUGACGACGACGACGACAACGAUGAUGAUGACGAUGAUAACGCUGCUGCAGCUGCAGGUGGUCGCGUUGAUCGCGACGGUGGUGCCGAUGACACUGAUGAUGAUGAUGAUGACGCUGCCACAGGUCGUGGUGCAGCUGGCGACAACGACGAUGACGACAACGCUGCCGGCCAAGGCAGAGGCAACACUGGUGGAAACAACAUCGAUGGCCUCCAAGCCAACGGCACAUCUCCUAUAAACCAGAACUCAAACUCCACCGGUACAUCAGAUGACCCACCUUUGACAACUGGAACCCCUGGAUCUGCCGUCGGAGUGAACGCAACAGCUCCUGGCUCAGGCUCAACCACAAAAGAAGGCACUCUCCCAGCUGGCUUCCCACCGCCAGUGCCUGGAGAGGGUUUCCUGGCUGGUGAGGGCGAAGCCAGUGGGGCUGGAUCAUCUCGAGCUGCGAGCAUGGCACGUCGAGAGUUCAGACAGGCAAGGCAGGUGGUGAGGAGGGCGCCAACUGGUCCCAAGAACGAUCUUCAUCAAAGAAUGUACGAUAUUUGA